AUGGACCAGAAAGCAAGAUUUACACCUAAGGGUAUUGAUGUGGAGUUUAUUGGUGAGGAUCAGAAAUGUAUUCGUAAGGUGCUUGCUGGUGAUGUUCAACUGGUCUAUAUUAGUCCUGAGAGUCUUAUGUGUAAUGCUAUUUAUCGCAAUAUGCUUUUGUCUCCUGUUUAUAAAGAAAAGUUGGUUGCAUUGGUUGUCGAUGAAGCACAUUGUGUGAAGUCAUGGGGAGAUAAAUUUCGUUUGGCGUAUGCUCAUUUGGGAGAUAUUAGAUCUUUAUUACCAUCUCAUGUAAACGUAAUGGCUCUCACAGCCACAGCUACACAUGAUACGUAUGGGGCAGUUAUUCAGCGUUUGUCGAUGAGGGAUGUCGUACUAAUAGGAUGUGAACCAAAUAGAGCCAAUAUAUCUUUUGCAGUUGAACCAAAAUCGGAUGUCGAAGUUUUUUGUAGCAAUGUAGCUUCUGGUUUGAGAUCUCUUGGAACAGAAUACCCUAAGACUGUUAUUUUU